UCUACUGGCCCAUCGGCCCUUCUCGCGGUUGCACCUCUGCCCGCACGUCACUUCCUCCAGCCUCUUUCGCUUCCAUCUUGCUCCCCGCGUGUGCGCGCUGCUAGUGUGCAGGUCAGUUAGGAGCUCUAAAAUACCUUCUUUCCUGCACUGUUUCUGCCAUCCUUCAACGACACAAGAUGAAAGAAAUAAUAAUGAAUCAAGAAAAACUUGCCAAACUUCAGGCACAAGUCCGCAUCGGCGGCAAGGGCACUGCUCGCAGAAAGAAGAAGGUUGUGCACAGAACUGCAACUGCAGAUGACAAGAAACUUCAGUUCUCCUUAAAGAAACUAGGAGUCAACAACAUCUCUGGCAUCGAAGAGGUGAACAUGUUCACGAACCAGGGGACAGUGAUCCACUUCAACAACCCCAAAGUGCAGGCCUCCCUGGCAGCCAACACCUUCACCAUCACUGGCCACGCCGAGACCAAGCAGCUGACAGAGAUGCUCCCCAGCAUCCUCAACCAGCUGGGAGCAGACAGUUUGACUAGCCUCCGGAGACUGGCUGAGGCUCUGCCCAAACAGGCUGGAGAUGGAAAAGCACCAAUCGCCCCCAUAGAGGAGGAAGAUGAUGAUGUUCCAGAUCUGGUGGAGAAUUUUGACGAGGCUUCCAAGGAUGAGGCAAACUAAAGGAAACAACAGACCUUCAGGAGAGUCUCAACAGGACUUGACUAGGCCGUGGGGUGGGCACAAGGCGUUAUUUUUCUUUCUUGCCACCCGAUUCUCCAAAUGCUAUUUUGUGCACUGCUGGCCGUGUCCAGUUUGAGAGUCAGUGAGAGAUUGUAUGUACGUUACUGUAUGUUGUCUCUCUGGGGUUCGAGGUCUUCAGCAGUUUCCUCCAUGUUACUGAACCUUAUUUCUUUGCAGUCUGGCUGAAACCAUAAUAUCUGGAAUAAACAUUUUGCUAUUGUCAACUAA